GUGUGUGUGUGUUUUAUGAGGCACUGUGACUUAUGGUGGUUUGUAUAUCAGGUGUGUGCUCACUAAUGGAAAGCCCGUUUGUGUAGCAUGACGCAUAUAGGUGUGUUGAGAGAAUGUAUCCUGUGGAUGGUAUGACGAUGCUGAUCCCACAUGUCGGCAACCUGGGAAAUGAUAAAACAGAACCCUAAAGUAACACGUUUAUUUGAUGUGUGUGUCUACCUCAUGGAGCAGUAAUAUUCAAGUUAGGACAGAGCCAGAAGUCCUGGAGCAGUUUUCUGGGUCAAGCUAAUUAGCGUCCUUUUAUCGGAGAGAGGUUUAGAUAGUUCAAGCGUUGCCAAAAAUAUUGUAGAAAGUAUUUUAUGUUCACACAAAAGUUUAAGGCUCCCACAAGAUUGGUUUUAUAGCGACUUUAUGACACCAAGUUUGUUCGUAAAUAUUCUUCCUGGAAGUGUAAGCCUCAGUAUGUGGACAUAAAUUCCAUUCUCCAGUAUCUGGCCCCAAUGGCAUUCACACACCUUUAACUAUUUUUUCAUCAAACAUAUUGUAACCAGCCGAUGGAAGUGUUAUGAUACUUGAACUUGACUGCUACUCUUAACAAAUAAUACGUUUCAAGAUUAAAAUAAUAGUGUCUAACAACUUCCAUGAAUAAAUAUGGAAAGGCUGCCUGAUAAUAUUGAGGUGUUAAAACCAAUAACCAGCUAUAAUCUUUUGUAUGGGGGAUCCCCUGCCUUUUGGCAAAAGUACAGCAGUGGCUCCAACAUGUAAACCAAUUAAUAAGAAAGCAGAUAAACAAAUGUGUAACGCAAAUAACAUUGGGAAGCACUGUACUGUGCCUUCUGGGCUGCACUAAAAGCAUUUUGAAAUUUUGUCCACAAAACCUUACUGCACCUUUAAGCAAACAUAACGUCAUUAUCACAAGCUCCUGUUGUGCCUGUUGCGUUGCUGGCUUGGAGCAAUAUGGUUUCGAUGAUGUACUCAGCUCCAGUCGCACGAGUGCACACCAUUUCCACGAAAUAUAGCACUUCAACUUGGUAACAUAUCGGGUGUGUGGCAAUACGAAGUGUUGAGCAAUUUUUCUUGGGUAGUUCUGGGACAACUUCCUCAAUAACAUGACAUCAUGGCAAGAGGUGUGCCAGUUGGGUUGGGCGCAUACGAAACUUCUCAGGUGUAACGAAACACGUAGUCCGAGUUUGUUCCUUUUCGAAAUGAGAUCCCCCCCCCCCAUUUUGGUAUCUAUGACAACACGCUUGAGAGCUAGAUAGACCUAAGGAAUGGUAGCCAUUAUUUCUCGGCGAUAUCAGUGAAACCACAGGCUCUUCUGUGAUCCAGGUGAUCAAACGUUUUAUGGACACGCACGUGAAACGAGGAGAAGUCUACUUACAGCACCAGAAACAUGGAGAGAGGUGGAAGAGGAUGUGGUUGGUGCUGUAUCCCUCAAGUCGGCGGGGCGUGGCCCGUCUGGAGAUGUCUGAUGCAGACAGCAGUGGGGAUAAGUUGUCAGUGGUCCGCUCCAGGCACCCAGAGCGGCGUCUGGUCCGGCUCGCGGACUGUGUGAGUGUGGUACAGCUGCCUCCCCACGCAGAGGCCUGCCCCGGGGACAACAUGGCUGCCUUCUGUGUAGAGACAGAGGGCGGCCGGCUGGUGUUUGCCACAGAUAGGGACGGUUGUGUGGAUUGGGUGGAGAAGGUGUGCCAAAGCGCCUUUCCGGUAGACACUGGAAAUGGAGGUGUCCAAAAGCAGGAACUGCAGAUGGAGGAGAAUCAAAUAUAUGUCUCCAGGGAUGAGAUAUCAGAGUUUAAAGUGAACAUCCAGCCGUCUGAAGCAUCUGCUCAUUGUGGCCUUAAGGGGGCGUACUGGCUCCAGACUGGUGCAGAGUCUCUGGUGCUCCAGGACCUGGAGAGCCGCAGGAAUGUGCUGGAGUGGCCCUACAACCAGCUGCGUCGCUACGGCAGAGACAAGCUGGUAUUCUUAAUAGAGGCUGGGCGGCGCUGUGUGUCCGGUCCUGGGACGUUCACCUUUGAGACCCGACAGGGAGAUGACAUCUUCAGCCGCAUUGAGAAAGCAGUUCAGGAACAGAGGCCCAGUGCUGUAGCAGGAACCAAACGCAGACCCAACUCACCAUUGCCCAGCAUACCCAACAGUGCUGGCCUGGUUGAGGUGCCAAACAGCUCCAGCUCCAGCUCCAGGGUUGUGGCAGAUCCAGUUAACAUAUCGGGUUCAGGCGAACCUAUUUAUACAGAUCCAGCCAAUGUCAUCAGCUUAUCCAAGCCCAUUUUGUCAAAUGUUUUAGAUCCCCUUGACUCACCUGAGAUAGUGUAUGCUGAGCCAAUGGAUGUCAUCAAAACUCCUUACCCAGUGAGUGCAAACCAGCCCGCCUCCACACCUCCCACCAUGAGCUACAGCAAGAGCCCAGAGCCAGUGUAUGCCAGCCCUGUGGACUGUGUCUGCCCACGCCCUGAUCCGGAUCACUGUCUUUAUGCUGACCUAUCUGAGCCAGUGUACUCAGAGGUUUCUAAUGACAUCCCUGACACUGUUGAACCACUCCACAGCCAGCAGGAGGCAGUGUACAGUGAACCAGAAGAGGGUGCAUACCCAAGAACAGAUCUGCCAGAAGAUGCUGUCAAAAGCAAGGUGACAGAGGAUCAGCCUAUGGACGAUCCUUCGGCCCUCUACAGCAAAGUCAAUAAACCCCCCAAACUGUCCCAGAUUAGCCAGUGCUUAGCAAACCUGGGUUCCAUUCCCGAUCGUGAUCCCGUUGUUUGA